CGCAGUCCACAGCAAGGCGCGUGAAUCGCUUUACAGAACUCCCACUACUACUACUGCCGUGCUCUGCAACGACGAAGAAAUUCCCCCUAAAACCUUUCCGCCUUCCCCCCACCUCUCUCUCUCUCUCUACCUCUCGUCCCCGCGAGGAAUUGACCCCAGUUGACUCCCCCAAUUGACUCUCCCCCACCCCAUUUCAAGGCGUCGCGGUCUCCGACUCUCCGGCGUUUGUUGCGGCGGGCGAAAGGGGAAAAUGGGGAGCGCGGAUUGCUGGAGCAAAGGGUCCCGCGUGGAGGUCACCAGCAAGGAGGCCGGGUUCAAGGGCGCGUGGUUCGACGCCGUCAUCGUCGACCCCCCGCUGUACCACAAGUCCAAGUUCAAGAAGAAGCGCCUCGCCCGCAUCGAGUACACCAACCUCCUCUGCGACGACGGCCAGACCCCGCUCCGGGAGUACAGCGACUCCAUCUACAUCCGCCCCUUGCCUCCGGGGGAGGCGGAGGGGGAGGAGGGCGCCCCCUUGGAGGAGAAGCUGGUGGUCGACACUUUCGACCGGGACGGGUGGUGGACCGGAGUGAUCGCCAAGGUCACCGCGGAAGGCAAAUACUUGGUGGCUUUCGAGGACCCCCCGCAUGUCCUCCAGUUCGACCGCGAUCGACUGAGGCUGCACUGGGAGUUCCAAGAUGGGAAAUGGAGCCUUCCCCCUAAAUGCCUCGAAUUUUCUGACCACCUCAAUGAGCUGAUUAUUGCCUUUGCCAAAGGCCAUAACCCCAUUUCUGGAAAGGAUGCUGAAGUUAGCGUCGCCACUCCUAUGCCAUGCUUAAUCGAGCAAUCAACUCCUAAUGGGACGCUCGCUUCUUCAACUGUCGGCAGCUCCAGCAAGAAGGAGACUGAGCAGCAGCGCUCCAGCAAGAAGGAGACUGAGCAGCAGCGCUCCAGCAGUGAUUCCCCGCGUGUUCUCCCUCCCAAGAAGCCUAAAACACUAAAUGAACCCUCUAAUAAGAAAAAAUCUACUUCCCAAGGCAAGGAUACCGAACAGAGUCAGCAAGGAAAGAGACGAAGACUUGUGAAGUUACAUGCUAUGCCUGAAAAUGCUUCUUCAGCGAACGGCAAGAAGAAGGGAGCAGAUGAGGCAUCUUCUGCGGCAAAUGGACUGGGGUUCCCAGUGACUCCAGUGGAACAUCUGAAUGGUGCAGCUUCCAAAAAGCAUAGGGUGGCAAAAGUAGCAAAAGAUGUCACUGCAGGGUAUAUAACCAACUCAGGGGUCAAAGGAUUGUUGCUCAAAGAAUUCAACCCUCAAGUAUUGGAUAGACCUGAACAUUCUCAUCUUGGUGGGGCAAACCAAGUGAAGGAGGCAAUAGAGGUUAUUCAGCUUGAGGCAGAUGGGAACCUUGAGGGUGACAAUAGGCCAAAUCAAUGGCCAGCAUUGCCUUUUGUGAAAACCUCACCAAUAUGGAAAGCAGUGGAAUCUUUGGAAGUAUUCAAAAAAUUUCCUCAAGCACCUCAUUUUCUACCUUUGAGUGAUACCAAAGCAGGAUCUCGUGAAGGACUGGCCAUUGCCAAGAUGGUGACUUUUGCUAACACAGUACAGAUGGCUUCCAAAUUGAAGAUAACCGAUUGCAAAAGUAGAUUUACUGCCUGUUUGGAAGACCUUGUAGAAUUGGAGAUGCAUGGUUUUGAUGCCCAAGUGAUCAAGAGUCAUUUGUCGAGGCUGCUUUCGAUAAAAGAUGGACUAGAAAAGCUUGACAAAAAAUGGGAAGAAGCUGAAGCUCAAAUUUCAGGGCUUAAGGAUGAAAGAGCCAAAAUUGCUGAAAGGGUCGAAAAGAUCAUUAAGGAGUUGAGACUUUUUCAAGAGGAACUGAUACUAGCCUUAGCAGAGAGGGAGGAGAAAGAUUCUGAAAUCACAAUGUUGACAACCAGUGUUGACAUAAUGCAUGAAGCGGUUCAGAGUGCCCGGCACGAAUUCGAAGAACGUUUAAACAAUUUCCCCGGGUGAGGAGUGGUGGCGCGGGAUACCACCAGUAACCUUAACUAUCUUUCUGUGGAUUUGCGUGGGAAAUAUCCUCGUCUUUUUUUGUUUAGCAGUAGCACUAUCUAUACUCAUAUCGGACUUGGAAGUAUCCCGCCUUUACAUUAGAGUUGGUCUUGUAUAUUGUUAGGUCAGGAGAUGACAGGUUCAACUCUGCAAGUGUUAUACUUGUGUGUUUAACAUCUGAUGUGUAGUUGGAACUUCAGUUUAAUGUAGAUGACAGUUAUUCUAUGACUUGAAAUUUUUUGUUGGUCU